AAUUUAUAGAAACAAAUUUUUUUUUUUUUUUGGUACGUGAUAAAGUUUAUUAUUAUUUUUUCUUUAUUUAGGUACGACGAAGUAGACGAUUGGUUAUUUCAAGUAUAGCAACUAUUGAAAAUUAUGAAUAUGGCUUCUUUUGGUAAUUAGAUUGUUUAUUAUAAAGCAUAUUUGCUGAUAUACUAAGAAAAUUAAUUCUGAUUAGACACAGCUAAAGGCAAUUAUAGAUGAUAGACAGUUCUCUGCGUGAGAAAAAAAGACAAUAUGAAUAAGACAUUACUGGCAACAGCAGACAUUUUAAUAUUCCUCUCCACAUGUAAAAUGCUGAAAUAUCUCUAUUGUGAUUAAUUUUUGGAGUCAAUCGAUAAUUUUAUUCAAGUAUUUACGCAAAUAUAUUAUUUUUACACUCAUGCUACUCAAAAUUCAUCAUAAAGUCUAGAUUUACAAUUUUAAAAGCAUUCAAAUUAUUCUUAAGAAAUAGAAUGCAUUAAGACAAAGAUUUUCAGCUUCGACGCAUUCAUUUAUCAUAAGAAAAACGGAAAAAUCUAUUAUGUUCUCUAUUUUUAAUUCUUAUUAUAAUUCUGCUAAAGGCUUUUUUCUCUUUUUUAUUAAUAGGUAUUUAUAUCAAGAUGCUAGUAUUCAUUUUGAAGUGAAACUGACAGGCAUUCUUUCAUUAGGUGCACUUCCACCGGAUCAAAAAUCUCCAUAUGGUUCAUUAAUAGCUCCACAAUUAUUUGCGCCAUAUCAUCAACACUUUUUUAAUAUGCGCCUAGAUUUAGCUAUUGAUGGAAUAAAUAAGACGGAUCGCUUAUCAUAA